GGCGGGUAGCAGCAAAAUAACGCCCAUUUACAUCUACAGUACAAGAAUCAUCAACAGAAUGGGCUGUCGGUGUUUUUUUAGGGCGUUCUGUCUGUUUUGGUUGCUUCAGUUUCCAACAGUCCACUCAGAUAUUACAGACGGUAAUGCUGAACACCUCAAACGGGAACAUUCACUCGUGAAACCUUAUCAGGGAGUUGGGACGAGCCCAUCCAGUCAGUGGGACUUCUCGGGAAGCACCUUGGUGACCAGUCAGUAUGUUCGCCUUACUCCCGAUGAGCGUAGCAAGGAGGGUUCCAUCUGGAACACAGUGCCCUGCUUCCUGAAGGAUUGGGAGAUGCAUGUGCAUUUCAAAGUCCACGGGUCGGGGAAGAAGAACCUUCAUGGAGAUGGCAUUGCUAUUUGGUAUACCAAGGAGAGACUGCACCCUGGGCCCAUCUUUGGAAAUCAGGAUCAUUUUGUCGGCUUGGCUAUUUUUGUGGAUACCUUCCGCAAUGACCUCCACGGCAUGGAUCGUUCGUUUCCCUUCAUCUCCGCCAUGGUGAGCAAUGGCACUGUGGCCUAUGACCACGGCAAAGAUGGCCGCCCCACUGAGCUGGGAGGAUGUUCCGCUGAAAUCCGCAACAAGGAUCACGACACGUACCUGGCCAUCCGCUACUCCAAAGGACGGCUGACGGUCAUGGUGGAUGUCGAUGACAAGAACGAGUGGAAGGAGUGCAUCGAUAUCGGAGGAGUGAGGCUACCCACCGGAUACUAUUUCGGGUCCUCUGCAGCCACAGGAGAUCUAUCUGAUAAUCAUGACAUCAUCUCGAUGAAGAUGUAUCAGCUGAUGGUGGAACACACCCAGGAAGAGGACAACCUUGACUGGACCAAGAUCGAGCCCAGCGUCAGCCUACUGAAAUCCCCUAAAGACAACGUUGAUGACCCGACGGGAAAUUUCCGUGGCACGCCACUGACGGGCUGGAAGGUGUUCCUGCUACUCCUGUGUGCCCUGCUGGGCAUUGUGGUGUGUGCUGUGGUGGGCGCCGUCGUCUUCCAGAAACGCCAGGAGAGGAACAAGCGGUUCUACUGAGGCACUACCACACACACACACACACACACACACACACACACACACACACACACACACACACAGACUCUGGUCCCCAUCCUGGGACCGCAAUGUGAUUUUUUUUGAGACUGCAUCAAGAACACCAUACAGCUGUUCAUCUUUGUUUGUAACAGUGAACUGGAGGGCAAUGGCAAGGAGAUACUAAGAAUCUUCCAGAAGAUUUGCUGUGAAGGUUUGAGUGAUCUUUUUCUCCCUGAAAGGUAACCUGAAGACCGUAACGUGCUGAUUGGUAGGAAAAGCUUUUCUUUCUGAGGUGAAAUCAGAGCAUAUGUAUGCACAGACUGACCAUUGUUGUCUGUGAUUUGAGUUUAAUUAUGAAGUUUGUUUUGCUUUCGGUUUGUACCUCUGGCCCAUGCAUUCCCUCUCUGGCCUAGUUUACAUAUGAGCAAAAAGUGAUUGAUUUGAUGUUUUUUUUACGCACUGCUAGAUUCACACUCUUUCUCUGUGAUUUCGGUGGGAUGCUUGGGACUGUCUGGGGUCUAGCCACUGUAAUUGAUUGCCUUAUCUUCCUGGCUUUCUUUAGACAUUGAAAAGUGAAUUUGGGUGGGUUGUUUGUGUGUGUUUUUGUUUGAGUGUGUGUUUGUGAUGGCAGGGGCAGGAGAUGGCUGGUGGGAGUCUUGGGUAUAAGUUGCAUCUAUUACAGUCCAUUCGAUAAGUCUGCAAAUGACGACUGUGCAUUUAAGUGAAUGCUGUGCUGUUUCGAAUACUUUGCUUCUAAACAAACCCACAUUCUAGUCCUGUGUAAAUGUCAUAAUAACCUGAAGGUGUGCACACCACAUAGUAAUUGCAAAGGUCUGCUCUCCACACUGAUGGCUAGGAAACUGUCUGAUGUACGAAUAUUUUGUGCGGGACAUACCUGAAUUACACUUUUAGCUGGAAGUGCUCAUUUAUCGUGGAAUCAUCAGGAGUAUUAGCCUUCUCUGUGUGUGGCCUAUCACCAUGGCAACAUGUGCAGACCAGAGGGUGAAGGGAAGCAAUGACCUCCCAGGCUUUACUCUCAGCUGUUUCCAGGGCAACAGCGCUGGACAUCCACUUGUAACAGUGUUGCAGGAGUUUCUGUAUGGCUCUCUUGAGCUUGUUUGGGCUUGCCGUGUUACUGAUAAGUUGUUCAUUAUAUUUCAGUCCAGCACUGUCCGACUGUCAUCAUAGAGAAAGGCUGCUUUAUUCUGUCAUCGUGGAGAAAAACAUUAUUCUGAAGUUGAAUGACCAGUGUUCUCCUGUCUGCAGGAAUAAUAAAAAUAACAAUAAAAAAAAAACAUUAA